AUGUCUUUUCGGCCAACGUUCGAAGAUCUCUUUGCCCUUGUAAUCGGAAUCGACAACUAUGCUGAACGCAGAGCCCUCACUGCUUCAGUUCUGGACGCCAAAGCUAUCGUCGCCUUUUUGAAGAGAAUUGGUGUCCCAGACCGGAACAUUUUCAGGCUCUAUGAUCAAGACGCUACGUUCGACGGUAUUCUGAAAGGAUUCGAAGCCCUCGUUACUCGUGGAGACAUAAAGAAGGGCCGUUCCUCCAUUUUCAUUUAUUUUUCCGGACAUGGCGCGUCAGAUUACAAGUCCGCUCUUCCAAAGAGUCAGGAGGGUUAUUGGUCAGGGUGGAAUGAGAAUGUCAUUGAGCAGAUAUGCCCUCAAGAUAUCGGCUCAAUGCCAGGUAUUCCAGAUCGCAUGGUGGCCGCCUGGCUUAACAAACUGGCAAAAGAGAAAAGCAAUAACAUCAUCCUAAUGCUGGAUUCUUGCUACUCUGCUGGGAUGACUCGGGCGGACGACGGAGGACAAAGUGAUGAUGACGAGUUUGAAACGCGUACCAUUUUCGAUCCUCCGCCUCUUUUUUUCAGCGACGAGAUUUGGUCUCGUAUACCACCCAUCAAUGAGACCGAUAUCCUCACCCAAGAUCAAACUCCUUCGGAAUCACGCCCGACAAAAAACCCGUCAGGCUUCGAAGUCAUGUACAACCAUUCCCAUGUCCUCUUAGCGGCCUGCAGCAGGGAUAGCAAAGCACAAGCAAAAAAACAUAAGGGCGGCGUAUUCACAACCGCUGUCUUAGAGGUUUUGGAAUCGGUGAUGGCUCGGGGUCAAAACAUCUCAAGUAUCAGUUAUGUUUCUCUCAUAGAGGGACUGCAUCAACCAAUCGGCCGGCUUCUACAGAGUCGCAGUGGCACUGUCCGUACGCAGUUUCCUCAUUGCGAAGGCUCCAGCUGCAAUCGUGGCAUUUUCAGUCCUCGGGUAGUCUUCAUUGAUAACGAGCUUGUACGAGUGACGAAGAACGGCAGUCGGAUUUUUCUCUCCGCCGGAUAUGCUCAAGGAGUCAUCCCAGGUUCCGAAUACUUCGCCCAUCGGGACAGGGAUAUGCCAACAGCUUCGAGCGCACUCCCAGGAGUGGUGCUACAAGUCUCUAACAUUGAUACGUUCCAAGCAGAGCUGAUACUUCACGGCAUGCCACUUUCCCACUUUCCCGAAUCUUCCUUUGCAAAAUUUAUGAGAGCCCCCCAUAAUUCUCCGUUAUUGAACAUGUUUUGCAGCGAUAGUACAUGGAUCCGACAUGCCAUUGGAAGGAGACAUGAUAUACACUGGGUUGAUCAUCGCGAGGAUGCCCAGAUGGAACUCGUCAUUGAUAAUCGGGAGAUUACAUUUUACUCCCUCACUCCUGUAGGGAGCAAAGUGUACAGCUGCGAAUCAGGACGGAUACCUAGAUGGGUCAGGACUUCGGCCGGGAUGGAGGAGAAUAGAGGUCGGGUAAUGGACGUCCUCCGCUGGGCCAAUAGAUUCCAUUAUCAUCGGAAUCGGCACUCGGCCAUUUCGGGUGUUUCACUGGAGCUUCAUGUGUUGGAGAAGGUUUCCCCGACAACCCGCGACAAAGAUGCAUCUUACACUCGAAUUGGACACAACCUGUUUGAUAAAUGCGGACAGGCAGUCAUCAAGAUCGAUAACCCCAAUAGGCCCUUUGGAGUGACGCUCCAUAACAGGAGCGGUAUUGAUUAUUAUCCGUACUUUUUUGCUUUCGAGUCUGAUUUGUCGAUAUCUUCGCAUGCUUUCGACGAACCGCAGUUCAGCACUGUAUCUGGGCGGUCCGACACCGUUGAUUGUCCGCUCCCAAGGGGAUCAUCAUUGACUUUUGGAUGUGGAUCUGCGAGCAAUCCCGUUUGCUUCCAGCUUUUGCAGGGAAUGGAUCAUGAUAUCACAGUCUGGAAGGUUUUCCUGACCACGAAUCGUGUAGAUAUGCGCUCGAUUGGACAGAGCGCCGAAGUAAUUUGGGGAAAGAAGAGGGCGGAUGUGAAAGAUCCAGAGAACUACGUGCAGCAUUGGGGCGAUGUAUCUGGGACGGUUGUCCAGUUGAGGAAGUAUUGA